GAAAAUUUUGACAAUUCGUUCGUUUUGCAGUGUUAAUGUUAAAAUAAUAAUUGCUAAUAAAUAUCUGAUACGUAUAAAUCACUUGAUGAUUUAAGAAUUUAUUUUGUCAUCAUGGCUUUAAAGAAAGUCAAAGGAAACUUUGAGAGAAUGUUCGAUAAAAACCUAACCGAUUUAGUCCGAGGAAUACGAAAUAAUAAAGAUAACGAGGCAAAAUAUAUAGCACAAUGUAUGGAGGAGAUCAAAGUAGAACUACGGCAAGAUAACAUAGCAGUGAAAGCUAACGCUGUUGCUAAACUCACGUAUCUUCAAAUGUUAGGAUAUGACAUAUCAUGGGCUAUAUUCAACAUAAUAGAAGUAAUGAGUUCUAAUAAAUUUACAUAUAAAAGGAUUGGUUAUUUAGCUGCUAGUCAAUCAUUCCAUGCUGAUUCUGAAUUGUUAAUGCUUACAACAAAUAUGAUAAGAAAAGAUCUGAAUGCUCAAAACCAGUAUGAAGCAGGGCUUGCACUCAGUGGUCUGAGCUGCUUUAUAUCCCACGACUUAGCUAGAGACCUUGCCAAUGAUAUCAUGACACUGAUGAGUUCAACCAAACCCUACUUAAGAAUGAAGGCUGUGCUUAUGAUGUACAAGGUAUUUCUAAGAUAUCCAGAUGCUCUAAGACCAGCAUUUCCAAAAUUGAAAGAGAAACUGGAAGACCCAGAUCCUGGUGUCCAAUCAGCUGCUGUGAAUGUAGUAUGUGAGUUAGCCAGGAAGAACCCUAAAAACUACCUCUCUCUGGCCCCUGUGUUCUUUAAACUUAUGACUACAUCUACUAACAACUGGAUGCUCAUCAAGAUCAUUAAAUUGUUUGGUGCCUUAACCCCAUUAGAGCCUCGACUUGGCAAGAAACUGAUAGAACCAUUAACUAAUUUAAUACAUAGUACUUCGGCGAUGUCGUUGUUAUACGAGUGCAUAAACACCGUGAUCGCGGUGUUGAUCAGCAUCAGCAGCGGCAUGCCCGGCCACGCCGCCUCCGUGCAGCUCUGCGUACAGAAGCUCAGAAUACUCAUCGAAGACAGCGAUCAGAACUUGAAAUAUCUGGGUCUCCUGGCGAUGUCACGAAUACUAAAGUCUCAUCCGAAGUCAGUUCAAGCUCACAAAGACCUUGUUCUAGCGUGUUUGGACGACAAAGACGAGUCUAUAAGACUGAGAGCUCUAGGAUUAUUAUAUGGCAUGGUAUCGAAGAAAAACCUAAUGGAGAUAGUGAAAAAGCUUAUGGUUCAUAUGGAGCGCGCGGAAGGCACUUUGUACCGCGACGAGUUGCUCACGCGCAUGAUUGAGAUUUGCUCGCAGAACAACUAUCAGCACGUGGUCGACUUCGAGUGGUACGUCACUGUGCUCGCCGAGCUAACAGAGAUGGAAACUAGCGCGAAGCACGGCUGCAUUAUAGCCGGCCAGUUGACCGAAGUGGGAGCGCGUGUAGCCGACGUGCGAGCAUUCGCGGCGCGCGAGUGUUCGGCGAUAUGCUCGCGAGCGGCCGCGGUGCCACCCGGGCCCGCGUCGAGGGAAGUCCUGUACGCCGCAGCUUACGUACUAGCAGAGUACUGCCAGGAAGAGGCAGUGAUGCGGGAGUCAAUAUCGCCGCUGUUGGCGUGCGCUGGCGUGGGCGGCGGACACAUGCGCGCGCGCGCUGUGUGCGUGCACGCCGCGCUCAAGCUGGCGGCGCGACUGCUGCGUGCGCACGCGGACCGCGGCUCCCUGCACGACGCGCUAUCUGUACUCCGCGAAGCACUAGCUGGUUUACGACCGUUGCUGUGCAGCGAAGAUAUGGAGGUGCAAGAGCGCGCGCACAACGCUCACGCGUUGCUCGAACUAGUACUACGGCAGCUCAGCCCCGCGGAUGAGGCGCUGUUAGACCAUCAGAGUAAUGGCUUGGAUACUGAGCUCGUAGACCACGAAAUGAACGGGGAAGAUACAUCAUCAAAGGCAUUCAGUGGCGGCCUCAUAGAGGAGCUCGUAGAUCUAUUCGACGGCGAACUGAAGCCGGUGGCGCCUAAAGCGCAGAAGAAAGUCCCCAUGCCGGCUGACCUCGACCUAGACCAAUGGAUGUCUCGGGAGCGAUGGUCUUCAGACAGCUCUAGUUCGGAGGACGAGGGCGAAGGCGCCGUAUUCGCGGCCCCGGCGCCCGACCCGCGCCCCACAGCACAGUUCACGCCCGAAGAACUGCAGAUGUUACGGGAAGCCCGGCGUCAAGAGCAAGCGAACAACCCUCACUACCUGAAGGACGAUUCGCCGCGCUCCUACCAACAGGAGGACAUUCCGAUCGCGGAGAUAGCGCUCGAAGUGCCCUUACAAAUACAUACCAAGAGAUCUGAUAAGUACUUAAUCACUAGAGAUAGCUCAAAGAAAACAAAGAAAGAGAAGCGGUCGUCUAAGAAGAGAAAGAGUAAAAAGGCUGUUCACAGCAGCGAGUCAGAGAGUGAAGAAGGAGAGUCGGGUAGGACAGCGCGGCCUGCCGUGGAAGCAGGCGGGGAGCUGCCCGAAGGCGCCGCGCCCUCCGACGAGGAGCCCCCGCCGCCCCCCGACGACCCGCACCGAGCGCUGGACCUCGACCUCGAGCUGCCGUUACGUGAAGAAGAGUUACUUUCUACUAGAAUUCAGCAAUAUCCAUCUCAAGAAAGUGGACUCCUCAUCAAAAAAUCUAAAGCGUCCAAAAAUAAUAAAUCCUCGGAGAAAAGUUCUACUAAUAAAACUGUUAAGAAAAAGAAGGAGAAGAAAUCUAAGUAUAAUAAAGACGUUGAUUUAUUGCUAUCAGAAUCGGAUAAGAAUAAUGUACACGUAGAUUUAGGUAAUCUGCUCAUAGGUGACAUGGGAACAACAGAGGAUAAGGACGUCUCCUUAAAUAAUACGGCAGACGUUGAGCCAGACAAUAAUCACGUGAAGAGUAAGACUGAAAAACAUAAGAGGUCGAAGAAGGAAGUAAAAGAUAAAGAAUUGAAAAAGAAGAAGUCUUCUAAGAAAGGGAAACAUGAAACCAAAGUAGGCUAUGAAGAAGCUCUAGGUAUAUCAACACCGAGUAAAGAAGUUAUAUAGUGUACAUAAUAUUUAAUAAAAACUAUUGUAAUGUCUUUAUUCAUGUCACACUACUCAUGCUGUCUCAGUGCAAUCGUUGAUAUGAACAAUUUAGUUAUAUUUCUGUUAAAAGUUAAUUUCAUGUUUAGAUAAUAUUAUAGACAUUGUUUUCAUUCAUAUUUUCCUUAUGAAACAUGUCCACUUAAAAAGUAUAUUAUAAUAUUUCAAAUAAGUCUAUAUAGUAACAAAGACAAAAAAUAUAAUCAUGUACAGUUUUAUUAAAAACGAUUUAUGCAAUCACAAAGUGUUUAAACAGUGAACAUAAUCCCCAAUUUCGUGAUUUAAUUAAAAAGCAAUUACAAAAAUUAUGCUCUCGAUUUCGUUUCGCUGGCGUGCUGUAAAACAAAUUUUAUAAAUUAGAUUUAAAAAUCGAGACGUCUGGUACAAUUUCGCAAUGGGCUGCAGGUGACACUGCGGCUAGCGCCUGUGGCUGACCGUGCAUUAUAUGCAUUGUGCAGCCGCGGCAUGUCGCCACGCUCGGAAUCAAUUUCAUAGAAACUAGUAGUGGCGCCUGCAGUGUGCAGCUGCGGCAUGUGGGCUGCGGUUCAGUUCAGACUUCUACCUUAUAUUUGAAUGUUUUGGUAUAAAACAAUGUAUCGUGUUUUGCUUGGUAAUUAACAGGAUAAUUACAAAGUACCUUGUUAUCAGUUUCUCCUUCUUGGAACAGUGCCGAUAAGUACUCUAAAAAACAAGGUACAUGGUAGCAGUCCCAGUCAUGUAAAGUAGCACUUUGCAGAUCUGCAAGAUGAUGUAUGUAUGGAUUGAUGGCUCCUCAAUCCAUACAUUUUAUUUAAUAAUGGUUAAUUUCUGCUAACGGAACCCAUUCCACGCGAGUUCAACUCGCACUUGUUUGAUGCACUUUCCAAUAAUGAUUAAACUGAACAGCCGUCACUGUCACUUCGACGCACAGUGUGGUAUUUGGCCUCAAAACCUGGAGGCCUACUCUAUUUCAACGAAAAACGAAAUUUCGAUCGAAAUUUCGCACGUUUCCUACUCUGUUUCCUUUUCAUUUCGAAAAUUCGUUGGUCCGAAAUAUUUUGACAAUUAAAUUCUCCAACCCUACUCUAAUUCACAAAACUUUCGAAGGAAAAGUUGAAUUUGACAGAUAAUUGUUCGAAAUUUUAACCUCAAAUCAACGAAAUGAAAAGUGUUACCUUUUCAUUUUCGUUUUGAGAUAUUUGUUUUAAUUAAGCCUAAAAUACUUGCUAAUAGCUGCUUAGCUCGAGAAACAUUUUUAGCAUGUAAAAUUAACAAAUAAACCAUUUUUUAUUAUUUUUUGUAAUUUCGAUACUUCAAAGUAUUAAACGACAAAUUGAGGUUGACAUACAGUAGAUUGUAUCGACUCUACAAAUUAGUCUGCUAACUCUGUCAAAGAAGGUUCUUUCAAUGUCAUCAAAAAUUUUGCCGUAAACUACCUAUAUUGUUUCCAAGUAAAAAAAACGUUUUCUUAAAAGUAGAGAUAAAAAGAACUCAAAAACAUGACUCAUUCCAUUCGUUCACGAAAACUGUUUAAGGUUCCGAAGUUAAUGUGCCUAUUCGAAAAUGAAAUAGAGUAGAAACACUGGCGAAAUUUCGUUUGAAAUUCGUUCGUUACCGAAAUUUCGUUUCGGAGAAAGAGAGUAGAGCUCCUGGCCAAAAAUGGAAAUUUAAAUUUUCUGUUAACUAUUGAGUAUUGUACACCAUCAAAAAGCUAAUGAGUUACUGCAUCCAAUAGCGAAACAGGUAAAGCUCUAGCUUAACUCUGCGUUUCGUGUGAUCAGUCGGAAGUUACAGCUCGCUUACGCCUGACGUGUGAUUUUUCGAUACGCUCUUAUUUCAUUGUUCUCAAAGCUCUUAUUUUAGUUCAGUGAAGUGGUUUAGUGGUGGUUUUUAUCAUGGAUGAUUUUGUUCCUGGUAUGUACUUUCUGUUAAAUAUAUAUUUUUUGACAAAUAACUUGUGGAUUUUUGUUUUUUUAGUCGACAACAUAGGUAUAAUUGACUGUUGUAUAAAUGAUUAUUUUAAUACUUUAAAAGGGGUUUUGUUAUAUUUCUGUACAUUUCAUGGCAUUGAAAUGUAUUGUAUAAUGUCGGGUACUUACUUGGAAGACUACUUAUAAAAAAAAUAGCCGCGCGAAACCGCCCCUUUUUUUUAAAUAUUUUUUUUUGUAAAGACCUAAAUAUUUGCUACAAACAUCUUCUUAAAUGUUAUUCGUUUUUAUUGUUAUCAGGACCUUCUGGCGUGAAGACUAUGACUCGAAAUGAGUUAUAUGACAUCGUCCAACGUUCAAAUGAACACAGUUUUGACGGAAAGUAAAUGUUUAUGGAGAAAGAAUUAUUGAAAGGUUAUUCUCAAGAUUAUCCGAGAAUAGCUGAUAUAAAGAACAGAAUCUCAAUAAUUGAACAUGAUUUUAAACAAAAAUGUUUGGCUGCGCACAAAAUCAAAAAGAGGUUCGUUUCGUUAAGGAGACAACUGACGUCACAAACGAGGAAAUAAACUACAUAAAGUCACAAAUAUCAGCACUUACUCGCACAAAUAUAAAUGACACCUCUAUUAAACACAGAAUGUUAUUUACGAUGGUGGAUGGCAAGGUAUGCAAUGCAGCAACGCAUACGAAAUCAACAAUGAGGUGCGACAUAUGCGAUGCCACUGUGUCGGAAUUCAUGGACUUGUCAAAAGAGAGACCUUGCAAAAAAGAAAACUUCAGCUUUGGGCUGUCUUUGUUACACGCCAGAAUUAGAUUUUUUGAAUCUGUUUUGCACGUAGCAUAUAGGGUAACCGUGAAUAAAUGGAAUGUCCGCCUUUCUACCGAAGAAAACCAAAUAGUGGAAGACAGAAAAAAAGACAUCCAAAACAAAUUUAAAGAAAAACUAGGACUUUUAGAGGACAUGCCAAAAGCAAAUUUCGGAAAUACCAAUGACGGAAAUACAAGUCGAAGGUUUUUUGAAGAAUACGAAAUUUCAGCAGAAAUAACAGGAAUUAAUAGAGACCUAAUUUAUAGACUUAAAGUCAUUCUAGAUUCUCUAUGAUCUGGAUUAAAAAUAAAUAUUGAAAGAUUCAAAAAAUACUGCCAGGUAACAGCUGAACUAUAUGUGUCACUGUAUAGAUUUUACCCUAUGUCCCUUACUUUACACAAAGUACUUCGACAUGGAGCGGCUGUCAUUAAAGAGUCCAUACUACCAAUUGGUCAGCUAUUCGAGGAAGCAGCGGAAGCUCGCAACAAAAACAUCCGAUCCUAUAGAUUAAACUUCUCGAGAAAAUUUUCCCGAAUUGAGUGUAAUAUGGACAUCUUAAACCGACUUUUAUUGACCUCUGAUCCAUUAAUUUAGUUUAAACUAAAUUAUAGACAAUAAAUAUUAUUAUUAUUAGUUUGCGAAAGCGAUGUAACCAAUAUUAACAUUAACGACGAUUGUAGUGAUGACUAAUAAAUGGGACUCUAACAAAAUAAAUUGUUGUUUUAUUAUACUUUAGUGUUAAAUCACCUAGAAACGACUUAUCUAAUUAUUAGAAACAAAAAAAUAUUUUUGGCCAAGUUUUGAGGGUAAAUACCACACUGUGCGACGUCCAUCUUCAACAGGCGACAGGGACGUAAAUGAACAGUCACGGUUGUGUAGAAGACACCCAUGAUUGAAGCGAUGAUGGCCACUUUUUCAAUCGCCAUACAGCCCAUUGUGAAGAGGAGCCUUUAGAUAUCGACAAUUUAAAGACUAAGUUACUCACAAUUGCAGGCGAUGAUGGCCACUCAUGGACGAUUAUGCCCUCUACACAAUUGGGCAUGUCUUUAAUCUCCCAUCAUGGGCCAUUAUGAAGUCAUAUUUAUUCAUAAUCAUAUUGAGCGAUGAGGAUGACCUAAUUUUAUACUUGUAUUUAAGAUCUCAUAGGCGCCGUAAACGUUAUUGUUUGAAAAACGAUCAUUGAACACGACUUUUUAUUACCGUAAAACAAUUACAUAUUUACGAAGAUCGAUUUAAAAGAUUUUAUACUAUAUGCAAACAAAGUUUUGGAGUACUUCUACAUAAAAUUACUAGAGAAGCAAAAUAUUGUACGAGAAGAAUAACAUAAGGGGGCAACUUUGCACCUUGUGAAGUACUCGGACCAUACCUGAGCCCUUUAGGGGAGAGUGGGUAACAGCGGAUCACGGGUCACAGCGGAUUAUUCGCUAUAAUUCUUACGUCUGAUGCUUUACGCACACAAGCAAACGCGUGGCUACUGCUCGUCGAUACCCCCCUCUCACGCGCCGGUCGCCGCCGCGCUCGCCGAGCAGAAUCACGUGCUGUCACACGCAGACCAAUAGGUAAGUACGAAAGUAUUUUUUUACGUAAUUUAAAAAUUUGUCGUAUUCCCAACCCUUUAAUAAAUAUAAAUGAUAGUCGUAUGUUUUGAACUUGUUAUUUGAUAAAUCCGUUGUGAGUAAUGUAAUUUUGGCUUGGGUAUAAGCAGUUAUUUUUGAAUAUUUUUUUUGUGUCGUACCGGCCUAUGGGUCACAGUGAAUAAUUUUCAUUUGGGUCACAGCGGACUGUAGCUGCACGGUAGCGCUGCAUGAUAUUAAGAUGAUUUUACCAAAACCUACGUUUUCUGGGACUACAAAGAGGAGGCAACGCAUGUACAACUUUAACGUUGAUCUUUCUAACAUUAAUUUACGCUAAUCUAAUUUAAUUUGAAUUUGAAAAUCUCAGACAAUUUUGAGAUAUCAGAAAAUGAUAAUAUUUGUUUUUAUAGUUUAUUUUUUGUUAACGAUUACUGAAAAAGUAAUAAUUUUUAUUUUUAAUAGUUGAUAUAUCAACAAUGUUCCUAUUAAAGUUUAUAUUAAUGAUUACUCGAGGAGUAAAUAUAUUUAUGUUUAAUAGUUGAGUUAGCAUUUAACAAAAAUCUUAUUAAAAUGUUUGUUAAUGAUCACUGAAGAAGUAAAUAUGUUUAUUUGAAUAGAGAAGAGAACUUUGUGGAAAUGAAAGGAGAAGAACUGUUGUUUAUUUAAACAAAAUGUUGAUUAGUUUAGGUCUCUUUAUACCAGCAUAAUUUGAAAGACUUGUUAAUUUUUGAUAAGACUGUGAUAGAAGGCUGUCUUAGAAUAUAAAUAAAUAAAUAAUUAUGAAGAAAAUUGGUAUUCCAUUGAGCUUUUUUUUAAAAGAUCAGUGUACCCCAAGCGAUUCCCUGUCACCCAUGAAAAGAUCCAAAGUGACCCAUCCACGGGUCACAGUGGAUCAUUUCCCAUUUUUUAAAAAAAAUGUUAUAACUUGUAGAUUUAUGCCGUUUUUAACAAUAAUUGCACCUGGUUUUGUAGAUUAGGGACAUAUCUUGUGGUUAAUUAUCAUAGAUUAAUUAUUUACGCAUAAACUUGGGAUUUCUGGAGCUUGAAAAAAAAAGUGAUCCAUUGUUACCCACUCUCCCCUAUAUAGGAUCGAACGUCUAUGAUAUCUGAUGCCGAGAACCAUACUACACUAGCGCCUCUGGCGGUGAACAAUGUCAGUUUUCUUCUGCAUUGAUGAAGUGUGGGAAAUAAUUCACGUUUCUUUUGCUACCAAUGUGACCGGCGUUUUAACAUCAUUGUAAUACGACAUGAGUUAGCUAUUCAGACCAAACAUUUCAUGGAAUUAUUACCUAGAGCAUCAUCUUCUUCUUCAUAUUAUAUUUUUGAUUAUUUUGUAGUCGUUGCCAUCAACAUCAACGGCCACUGGACUUUGUUUUACCUCCGGCUCCUCUUAUAUUCAGAAAUCCGACCUAUUGAAUAAAUAUCGUUUAAUUUUCUGUAACAUUUAGGGCCGCGUGCAGAGGCGUCAAUUAAAUUUAUCAUUGAUAUUCAUAUUUCAUUCAGUCGGGCGCACAGUGGUACAAAAUUUAAAAUUAAUGGACAUAAGAGCCGAUGUCGCCGUAUCGACCUGUUUCUUUUUUCAUGGUUGAUGAUGAUCCCCUUAACACCUUUUAUAGUUAUAAUUCUUAUUAUUUUAAAGCAUGUAACUGCUUGAUGUUUAAAUCUAAAGAAAAUAUAACUAGAAAAAAUUCCACGCGGACCAUGCAGCAGACGGGACUCGAACCCACACCCUUAGCAAUCCGGGCGAAUGCACUGACCAAUUAUGCUACCGCGGCCCUCACCUUUUAUAGUGCUAGAAAUUCAUCAAAUGCCUAAUUUUUUAGAAUAAAAAAUAGUCGAGUUUAUUUUGUAUGACUAAAAUACUAUAAUAUUUUUUUCGCGACAUUGUUUUAAUUGCGUCCUCCUGAUUCCACAUUUAAUUUCACAUUCAAAAAAAUAAAUUAGUCAAAUACAGCAUGUGGUAAUUAUAGAUAAAAAAUAUAUACAAAAUUUUUUGCUUGUCUGUUUACUUGUGUUGCCUUCUUUCUGUUGACCAAUUGUUGCUUGUUUUUGUUCCUAAACACAUAUUAUGAAAUAUUAGAAGUAUUACAGCUCACUGUUAGAUAAUUAUGAUAUGACUUGUACACUUCAGUAAAAUCAUGACCAGUAAAAAUAUUACCAGUUAUGCACCGUACCUGAGUAAACAUUAUAACUAGACUUGCAACGAAUAGUAUAUUCGGGUACGGCCAGAGUGCACUCAGAUUCAGAUUCAGACUCAGAAAACAAGCGCGAGAAAUAUACAGUGUAGUUUAAGCAGGUUGCCUGCGGCCACUAUGGCCACCCUGCUUUAACUACA